CACCGUUAGUUUCGUUUUCGUUUCCCGGCUCCUUCGGAAGGAGCAUCCCGGGGAGGAGCCGGGCGGGUUCCGCCUUCCGUCCGGGGAAAUAAGCUUCGGUGAUGGCCGUGGAGUGUACCUCCCGAGCGCUGCGGGAGCUGUGCGCUAGCGGCGGCUGCUUGGAGAAGGACGAGCUGCAGCGGCGGCUGCUGGACCGGCACACGACGGCGGAACAUCUGGGCCGGGUGCUGCAGGAUUCUCAGAGGUUCACGCUGGUGCGGCGGCCCGGCCAGGCGGGAGCAGCGGGGGGGCUUGUGACGGUGGUGGUGGCUACCAGCCCCCUGCGGCUGUGCCAGGACUACGGCACCGGCUGCGAGGGGAGGUGCGGGCGGCUGCAUUUCUGCAAGUACCACCUGAUGGGGCUCUGUCGCAACCAGCUGGCGAGGAAGGAAUGCAGGUUUGUUCACAACUUCUAUGCAGGCCACAAUGUCUGUGUUCUUAACCAACUUGGACUUCAGAAUCUCAACAGUGAUGAACUUCGCCAGCUUCUGCUUCAAAAUGAUGAUUCCCUCUUACCAGAGGUCUGCUUGUAUUAUAACAAAGGUGACGGACCUUACGGAUCUUGUACCUAUAAAAAGAUCUGCACCAAACUGCACAUUUGCCAGUACUUUUUGCAGGGCCAGUGCAGAUUUGGCAACAGCUGCAAGCGAUCCCAUAACUUAUUAAACUCAGAAUGUCAUCAGAAACUGGAGAAACUGGGAAUGAGCUUAAACAUUAUUGAGAAACUACCCUCCAUUUAUAGGAAUAUGUACGACAUAAAAAAUAACAACAAGAACAUGAAUGAUGUAGAAAAUGCCAAGUCUUCACUGUGCAAAGAGAGAAAACGCAGCUCUAGCCAAGACUCCUCAACUACAAAUGAUGAUGAAUUGGAACAGAUAUGUUUAUAUUAUCUGUACAAAAGUUGUGUCUUUAAAGACAAGUGUAUCAAAACUCAUUUUCACUUGCCAUAUAGAUGGCAGAUCUUGGAGGGUCAUACCUGGAAGGACUUGAAGAAUAUGGAAGAAAUAGAAAAAGCAUACUGUGAUCCCAAGAACGCCAGAUUUACUAAUGGUGUUACUGAAAGUGGCUCUGUCUUGCCACAUAUCUGUUUUUUGAAUAUGUCCUGCGGAUUUUCAAAAAUUAGACGUCUCUCUACAGUCUCCUCUGUGACCAAACCACCUCACUUCAUUCUUACAACAGAAUGGAUCUGGUACUGGAAAAAUGAGUAUAACGUGUGGCAGGAGUAUGGAAAAAAAGAUAAGGAUCAUGAAGCUGCCACUGUGUCAAGUAAUGACCUGGAGAAAGCUUAUUUAGGCAAAAGUUCUCCAAUGCUGAACUUCAAAGCUGGAAGACAGCAAUAUGAACUAAAUUUUGGAACCAUGACUCAGAAGAACCUUCGCUACACAACAGAGAGACCGAUUUGCAGAAGACCUAAAUUUGUCUCUCAGAAAGAGGUAGAAACGAUUAAAAAAAGAGGUUCUAAAGAUACAGAAGAGUUUAAGAGCAUUCCAGCUCACUGGGACAAAUCUGCUGUGCCUGAACUGGGAUUCAAGCUGAUUAAGCUUGACCACUCUUCUGAAGAAUAUAGGACAGUGAAGAUGGACUUUCAACGCACAAUGCCCAAAACCAUUAUUCAAAAGAUUCAGAGAGUACAGAACCCAUCUCUUUGGGAACUGUUUCAAUGGCAGAAGGAACAAAUGAAGAAGACCAAAGGUGGACAGGCUGUGGAUGAGAGACUUUUAUUUCACGGGACCAGCAGCAGAUACAUUGAGGCCAUCUGUCAGCAGAACUUUGACUGGAGGAUCUGUGGCCUUCAUGGGACAGUCUACGGCAGAGGAAGCUAUUUUGCAAGGGAUGCAUCGUACUCUGACCACUACUGCAAGAAAGAAUCAAACGGCAAGAUCAUGUUUCUGGCACGGGUGCUGGUGGGGGAUUUCACUCUGGGCAAAUCUUCUUAUGUUCGGCCUCCAUUCAAGGAUCAACACAACUUUUAUGAUAGUUGUGUGGAUAACUUGUCAAACCCUUCUAUCUUUGUCAUCUUUGAUAAGCAGCAGAUUUAUCCAGAGUAUCUGAUAGAAUACAUUGACUAGGCGUUGGCUUGCAAGAGAAAAAGUGAUUUUUAGAAGUUUUUUAAUUAGGUAGGUGAGUGUCCAGAAACAUUUAUUCUCUAUCCUUUCUGUGCAAUAAAAAAAAAAAAAAAAGGAGUAAAAUGACACAAAGGAUGUUUUAGAAUUCAAAUCCUGUCUCCUAUUCUUUAGAAGGUAUGUUUCCCUCCAUUAACAGAGACUUUUAUAAAUUUAUUGAAUUAGCUGAUAGUUGUAAUAUGAGGAUUGGCUAUGACUGCCAAUUUUAAACAAUAUUUAGUUAUUAUUUCAGGAUAGAUCUUUACAUGUGCUUGUUGGUCAGAGGCUGUCUCCUGCCUGGCUAUCUCAGAAUUUUAUAAACCAAGUUUUUUUGAAAUAUCUAUCUCCUGUAACCACAGGCAUUCAAGUUUUGGCAAACAAGCCUGACUUCAUCAACAAAGACUUUCUAUUCCACAAGCAACUUAAAAUUUAAACAGAGUUAUUUUCACGUAAUAAUUUUUUCACUUAAAACAAGUAGCAAAGACAUGAAACAUCCAGGUUUAAUUUUAAGAGUUAAUUUUCUUCCUAGCAGCUGGGAUAGUGCUGUGUUUUGGAUUUACUAUGAAAAUAAUGUUGAUAAAACACUGAUGUUUUAGUUGUCGCUAAGAAUCAAGCAAAGAGCUUUUCAGCUUCUCAUGCCUUGCCAGCAAGAAGGUUUGAAGUGCAGAGGGAGCUGGGA